CUUUCAAGCUCAUGCCAGAUCGACUCAUUUUUUUUUUUUGUGAUGCCUUCACCGACGAUGGGCGUUCUUCCCUCGACGGGAUCAAGGGAUUGUGAUGUGUGGAUCCAUGAUUCUUUCGCCGGUGUAGAUCCACGUUGGAGAGGACCGCAGCGGAUGGCGACUAGAUUCUUCAAGGAGGCGAACCAAAUUUGCAGAUCCCAUCGUUAUAAGGGAUAUCUUUUUUUGGUCGUCGGAAUAUCAGCGAAUAGCAGCAGGACCAAGAGAUGAUUGAGUUAGAAAGAUAUCAAAGUGAUUCCUAGAGGAAAUAUCGGCAAAGCGUUUGGUGUUAAAGCUUUCGGUCAUCGAUCGUCGAAAUAUCUUGCCACUUCUCUCCUCAAUUGGAUUUUUCCGCAGAAGGCCCUAAAUCCUAAUCAAUUCUUUUCUUUCUCCCUUUGUCACUCUCAGAUGGGUAGCCGCGAGCACCGGAAUCGGCAAAGUAAUUGAAGAGAUUAGAGUUGAUCGACGAUCUCAACCACCGCUACCCUACUUACCCUGAAACAUUGUCGACGUCGAGGCAAGAAGGCGGUGGGUUCUGCCUAACCUUCACUGUGGGAUGCUGAAAAGCUGAUUCGGCUCUCUCUCUCUCUCUCUCUCUAAUUUUUUCGAUCAUUUUUCAUCUAUG